AUGGCGACUCGGGGCCGCCCAAACCCGCGAGGAACACGCCUGCAUGUGUCGGAAAAGUUUCGGGUCGGGUGGGAAGGCUGGGAGUCUCCUCUGCAGCCCCGAGGCGGGAGCGGGGCCUCCGAGUCCGUGUCUUCCUCCGGGUCUCCUCCUCCCUCCCGGCCCUUCCUUCCUCGCCCCGGCCCCGCGCUAGGUGUCGCGGCCUCUCCGGCCCGGAGACGACGCGCGCGAGUAGCGGCGGCCGUGGCGCCGCUCAGCGGGCGGAGGGCGCGCCCCCUCCCGCCCGCUGGCCCCGUGGGGGUGCAGGUCGCCCCGCCAGGAGCCCGCGGCCCUGCCCUUUCACGGGGGCCGCCGCCCGGCUCCGUGGGCCAGAGCUGGGCGCCCGGCGGGCGCGAAGGGCAGCCACCUGCUCCCCGCGCGCGGCGCGGAGCCGGGAACGUCCGACGCCUCUCGGCCCGCUCUGCCCCGCGAUCGCCCCCGCCGCCCUCCUGUUGCUGCGGGGUCUAG